UUCUGCAAUUUCCUGAUGUUUGGUGCUUAAACUUGUAUGAAUUUGCUAAAAGUGAAUGAUAUUCAGUGAUUCGUUGCUUGUAUGAAUCUGCUCUGCCGCUGGCCUGCUGCCGGACCGGAUCCAUCUGCUUUGCUGCCGCUAGAGCGAUUUGUUGCUGUUACCAAGUCAUCUGCUACCAUUGCUAUUGCUACUGUUCCCCGUGGGGAACGAGAACAGGGGGCAAAAUCUGCCCCCCCUAAAAAAAUCCCCGCGGGGAUCCUUGUCCCUGUGACUCACGGGGACAGGGAUGGGGAAGGGGUCCCCGGCCCCGCGGAGCCCCAUUGACAUCCCUAUGUACCCAUCACUACAGCAUUUUUCCUCCAACCGUAGAUAUAUAAUAAAAAUCUGUAGGUAUA